UAUAUAUUGUGUAUAUAAAGAAUAGCUCUUUUCAAGAAACUUACAGCUUUCUCUUGGUCUGGUACCAGAACACCCCUUGUCUGCACAAGUGAAUUUGGGUUUGGUUGCAGCCAACAUACCACCCCAGAACAAAGGAUCCCCUCUCUCCCUCCCAGACCUCCCCUCAGUUCUCCCGAUCGAGGAAGACCUUCCUCCUUACUCCCUAAUGAUGUCGGGCAGCACUUCCAAGAUCAACUGUCGUGUAUGUCAGUCCCUCAUUAGUGUGAAGGCAGACAGCCACCAGCACCUUGUUAAGUGUGGGGUCUGCAACGAGGCAACGCCCAUUAAGAACCCUCCUCCUGGUAAGAAGUAUGUGCGCUGUCCUUGUAACUGUCUCUUGAUCUGCAAAGCAACUUCACAGAGAAUGGCCUGUCCCCGUCCUUACUGUAAGAGAAUUAUAAACUUGGGUCCAGUGGAGUCAGAUUCAGGUCCUGUCAGCCCAGAGCUGCAGCCUUGUGGAGCCAGAGUGAGCUGUGGACACUGCGCUCACACAUUCCUGUGGACUGACUUUACAAAGAAGAAACUCGCCAGAUGCCCUCACUGUCGGAAAGUGUCCUUUAUUGGACGGCGUUACCCCUGGCAACGCUGUGUUUACUUUUUCAUGCUGGGUCUCUUCUUUGCUGUCAUUGCUGGAGGACUAAUGGCUUGCACUUGGCAGGAGGCUGAGCAGUACGGAGCGAUCUAUGCCAUCUGGGCUGUGGUUCUGGUUCUGUGUGUGGUUUGUCUGGGUUGGGCGGUUUACUGGGCCUGCAUUAAAAUCAGCGAGCCUGUACAGAACUACACAUAGAGGGAAAGAGGGAGGAGAGGAGGAGGAAGAGGAAGGAGAGGGGUGGAAGGGAGAGGGGUGGGAGAAAAGGAGAGAGAGGAGCUGAUUUAUAACUAUACUGAUUAAACUGGAGAGAGUGAGAGUUAGAGGAGCGGGGGGGGGGGGGGGGUUACAGAGACAGACAUUAUUAUAAAAAGUUUCUUGUUAAAGGAGAAUUCAAAAGUAAGGCAACACACCCGCCUAUUGCUACAAAUGUGCCUUACAGUAAAAAUCCAGAGUGAGUGAGAGAGAGGAGGGAUGGAGCAAAAGAGAGAGAGAGAGAGAUGUUAAUUAGCCAAUCUCAAUAAUAAUAAUUGUUCUGUCAUUAAAUUCAAAUUGACUUUAUUAGCAUGUAAAAAUAAGUGUUGUCAAAGCACAUACAUGGCACAAACAACAACAAUAUAUACAAAUAAAUAAAGAAAAUGCAGUGCACAUAAAUAUAUAUAUAUAUAUACACACACACACAUAUACAGCAGCCUCCAGGAUCAUUCAUACCCCCAAUACACUGCAACUGGUUUGAGCAAAAUAAAUGCAAGCGCUCUCCCAAGACUGUCCGCAUGAAAGCUUCAAGACCAUCGGCACUGGACACUGCCAAGAAA